GGUUUUGUGCAUGUCAGGGUGUGGUUUCCUCAAUUUCCUGGCGUUGUUAUGCAGUCAGACCAGGAAUUGAUAAUAAUGUGUAAGCCGCCUGAGCCGACUAUUAUCGAAAACAAAGCUGCAGGUUUUGCAGGAAGUUUUCCACACGGAGCACGAGUUUCUGGCGUAGUCGAAGAAACUCCUGGACGCCUGGAGUACGAAGUGGCCUUGUACAAGGAAGCACCAGCCAACCGGAUCUCAAACUCCUCCACCAGCAGCGAGCUACCUGUAGAUCAGGCAGUUCCCAUCGGUACCAAGCUUCAGCUUCGGGCGAAAAUCAGCCCGGAAUCCGCUUGGAAAUACGUCAAACUAAUGGAAGUUACCGUCAGUCCCGAUCCUGAUGAUCCUCACAUGCCAGGAAGUGUUGCAUUGGUUAAAGACGGAUGUAGAAACCGCGACUUUGCAUCGAUAAUCCCUCAUCAACCGGCGCGGUACCGUGAACGCCACAACGAGGUGUUUCUGGACUUCGAAGCCUUCCUUCUUAGCACAAUGAAAGAACGCUCAACCCUUUGGAUCCACUCGCAAAUCAAAGCGUGCAUGGACUCCGUGGAUUGCCAACCUGACUUUUGUUUGGACUUAUACGAACCUUCAGGCCAUGGAAGAAAAAGACGUAGCGCCCAAAUCGAGGAAAUAGUGGACAGGCCAACUGCGUCUGCCCUCACUCAUUACAACAAUACCCAGUUCACCAAGAUCAAGGAGAACCUGGAAUACACCGUGUUGAUGCCUGGAGAGUUUUACCACAGAACAGCGGCGAUGGAAAGCAGUUGCAGCACCUUUUUGGUGAUAGCAGCUAUUUUGGGCUGCCUUCUAUUUUUAUCAGCAUUUAUUAUGUGCUGGUUGGCCACCAGGUUGCAUACUGCAAUUUUGGGCGCUGCCAAUAAUAAAAGCAUCGAUCAGCUGGUUCGUGAAAGUAGAUGUUAUUCGGAAAGUGGAUACACAGGCCGGGCAACUACGCAAUAAUUUAAUUAAUUACCAAUUAAGUUUCUCAAUUUAAAUUAAAUAGAAUUUAAGCGAUCUCAACAUGUUUUUUUAAAGGCUAGAAAUAG